AUGCAUUUCGCUACUAUUGCUGCCUCCAUUCUUGCUCUUGCGGCGAGCGGCUCCGCUGCACCCUCCCCCGCUUCCCCCGCAAAUACUCGUUAUGUACAGCUCCGUCUUUUUGGUGCGCCCGGAUGUUUUGCGGAGAACAUGGGCGAGCUCGGUGUUUAUGGAGAUGCUGUCAACGCAUGCCAAACUUUGAGCGAUAGCACGAUCGAGUCUGUGAGCUUUGAGUACGCCAUCAAUAACUGCACGGUCAGCGUUUAUAGCGACGAUGCCUGCCAGCAGGAUCGCCUUGAUAUUCCAGUGGGUACUUGCGGUGGGGGUGAUGGGGAGUACCAAAGCUACUAUGCGUCUUGCAGUCACCUUGAGCCCAUUUCUUGA